UCUGAAGACUAAGGAUCUCAGCAUUAACUUUAUCUUAAUAGUAAAUAUUGUUUUCUUCCAGUCGAGUUUAUCGACCUCUGUUGAUAAAUAUAAGGAUUUUUGUGUCAGUUCUUGUAAAAAAAUUGUACUUUAGUAACUGAUUGUGGUAUAUACAUCGGUGAGUUUCUUCUGGUGAGCCAAAGUUGCAGAAAAAAGGUGCCCCCAAUGGAGAAGGUGAUUAUUCUACACAGCUGGAAGACCUUUGGUAAAAAACGGGUGAAAUUCUUGUUGCACAUGUAGUCAACACUUCCUCCCAUAUGUGCGUGUAUAGAACUGUCCCCUGUUGUCCUUGACUGUUGAAUACAGACAGGUGUUGCAAUAUUUUGUAAUCAAUGUCACAGUUAUGCUUUUAACCGUAUCAAUAUAAUUACCUUGUUCUUUAGAGAAGCCCACCUUCACAGUACAACCGACCAUGGCGGACAAGUACCCUCAGGAAUCAGUUGUGUUUAAAUGUAAUGCCACCGGUUCUCCAAAACCCCAAAUUACUUGGUUCCAUAACGGGCAAAAAGUUGCCCCAUCAAAUGUAGGACGAAUUCAAGUUAACAGUAAAAACGAACUCAAAUUCACAAGUCUUCAAUCUGGAGAUAAAGGGACUGUGCAAUGUGUGGCAACAAAUGAUGGUGGCGAGGCAAUAUCUAAAGCUACAUUAAACGUAAAAACUUUACCAGUAUGGAUAGAUGUGCCGCCAAAGAACACAGAUGCGAUCGUGAAUGAAACUGUGGAGCUGCAGUGUCAAGGACGAGGGAGUCCUACGCCCACCAUAACCUGGCAGAAGAAUGAUCAAAAUAUCAACUUCGCCAGUAACCCUCGCUUUUUCCAGAAGAACACUGGCUCAUUGCAGAUUAGUCGAAGUCAGAAAAGCGAUAGUGGAAAGUACACGUGUGUAGCAACCAACAGCCUGGGCUCAAAACGAGCAAACGCCACGCUCAGAGUGUUAAUUAAAACUGUGAUCACCACACCACUGCCAAGCCAGAUUCAAGCCACUAAAGGUCUGCCAAAAACCCUUCAAUGUGCAGUGCAAAAAGACCCGGGUAUAACAGUGAAAUGGACCUGGACUAAAGAUGGCUCUCCAGUCGACACGGCCCGGAUGACGGUACAAGCUGAUGGAUCACUGCGUAUAACCACAGUACAAGAGAUAGAUGCCGGGACGUAUAAGUGCCGCGUGGAGUCUGUGGCGGGAAAUGCUGCCACAAGUGGCACAAUGAGUGUUCAAGAAACCCCCCUAGCCCCAAGCACUCCAGUAGUGAGUGACAUACAAACCACUUCAGUCCGCCUGUCUUGGUUUCCACCCGGUUACGACGGAAACAGCCCCAUCACAUCCUACAACGUGUACACCAAGAAGGGCUCUAACAACUGGAACCUCCACAAAGAUGACAUCAAUCCAUCUGACAGACAGAUGUCCGUCACCCUCCGCAAUCUCUCUCCGCACACGCAAUACCAGUUCCAUGUACGUGCCGUCAAUUCAGUUGGAGAAGGAACACCAAGUGGAGCAUCAGGAGUGAUUAGAACACUUAUAGCAGCGCCUUCCGCUGCUCCACUAAAUGUAAACGGAGUGCCAACUAGUGCUGAUUCUAUACUUGUACAGUGGCAGCUUCCACCUCCAGAAACCCAUAACGGUCCUCUGCGGGGCUUUAAAAUAGCUUAUCGUCUGGCCGGUGUAUCUGCCAGUACCUUUAUUAUCAAGAAGAUUGAAAAUCCAGCUGCCACUCAGGGAAAUAUCGACGGCCUCGUACAGUGGACUGCGUACGAGAUUAAAGUGCUUGCGUACAAUGACGCAGGAGACGGGACGUACAGUAACCCAAUCACUGUUACCACAUCGGAGGGGGGUAAGUGAUGACGUCUAAACCUACACUGUACAUGUACUUAUUUGUCGUUUCUAAGCGAUAUCCAGACCGUGAAAAUGACAAGCUGCCGUUUUUUUGUGUGUUACUAGUCAAACGAAACUUCGGAAAUGACUCUCAAAAUUUUGGGUAUUUUUUUACGUUUUGAAAAUGUACACGUUGUAAACAGUUAUCAGCCAAAAUGUCCCUGGAAGGCAUCAAAAAGUAAUAUUUACCUUUGGAAACAUCAUAAUAGUAAAAUGCUCUAUGUAUGAAGUACUAUUCCUGUUACUACUCUUUUUCUUUUGGCCAGAAGUACGAGAUUCCCUGAAAUUUUUCUGGAAUAAUCAGUUCCGCCACUCUAACCAGAAUUAUGUUAAAGAAGCUCAGUCACGGUUUGCGCAUAUUGAA